AUGGCGCCUGUGGCAGCGAGAAGCGCAGCCGCCGUUGGCUUUGGCGCUGCAAUCUUGAUUUCAGUCGCUCUCACCACAUAUUUCAUCUGUGACCGCCGCUCCAUGAAGAAGAAAAAGAAGAAAUCAAGGAAGAAUGGACUCGUGGAGGCCAUCGGUAACACCCCGCUAAUUCGGAUCAACAGCCUCUCCGCCGCCACUGGUUGUCAAAUUCUCGGCAAGUGCGAGUUCUUGAAUCCUGGAGGGAGCGUCAAAGACCGUGUUGCUCUUCAAAUCAUUCAAGAGGCUCUGGAAUCUGGCCAGCUACGUCCAGGUGGAAUAGUCACUGAAGGGAGUGCUGGAAGCACUGCCAUUAGCAUUGCAACUGUUGCUCCUGCCUAUGGGUGCAAAACCCACGUGGUUAUACCCGAUGAUGCUGCCAUUGAGAAGUCUCAAAUACUUGAAGCACUAGGGGCAACUGUUGAAAGAGUGCGACCAGUGUCCAUUACUCACAAAGACCAUUUUGUUAAUAUCGCAAGAAGACGGGCAUCUGAAGCAAAUGAGUUUGCGCUUAAGCAUAGAAAUUCACAACUAAAUGGAAAGGAGGACACUGAGAAAAUAAAUGGUUAUGAAUCUGAUGGAUACAAUUAUAGCUCUCUGUUUCCUUGUGACUGUCAAGGUGGGUUUUUUGCUGAUCAGUUUGAGAACUUAGCGAACUUCAGGGCCCAUUACAAGGGUACGGGGCCUGAAAUUUGGGAACAGACAAAUGGAAAGUUAGAUGCAUUUGUUGCAGCAGCAGGCACUGGUGGCACUGUGGCUGGUGUUUCUACGUUUCUUCAGGAAAAGAAUCCAAACAUCAAAUGCUUCCUCGUAGAUCCUCCUGGCUCUGGUUUGUUUAAUAAGGUAACACGGGGAGUGAUGUACACCAGAGAGGAGGCCGAAGGAAGAAGACUUAGGAAUCCAUUUGACACCAUAACAGAAGGAAUUGGAAUUAACAGGAUAACGAAGAAUUUUGCGAUGGCAAAACUUGAUGGCGCCUUUAGAGGCACCGAUAGGGAGGCUGUUGAAAUGGCUAGGUUUCUUUUGAAGAAUGAUGGACUCUUCCUUGGGAGUUCUUCUGCAAUGAACUGUGUCGGAGCGGUAAGAGUAGCACAGGCAAUUGGCCCUGGUCACACCAUUGUAACAAUACUCUGCGAUAGUGGAAUGAGACAUUUGAGUAAGUUCUAUAAUGCUGACUACUUGUCUGAGCUGGGUUUGACUCCGAAAGCAGAUGGAUUGGAGUUCUUAGACAUCCAAUGA